AUGGCCGCCUCGACAGAGUCAUACCUCAUCAUAGGCGCUGGCGUUUUUGGCGCCUCCACAGCCCUGCACUUAGUCCGCGCCUAUCCCGACGCCAGCAUCACCCUCGUCGACCGUAACGCCUAUGACGCCCCGAUCCGCGUCGCCGCCUCCUGGGACUGGAACAAGGUUGUGCGCGCCGACUAUGUUGAUAUUGAGUACAUGCGCCUCUGCCUCGAAGCCAAAAAGUACUGGUCCGAGGACCCGAUCUGGAAACCAUACUACCACGAAAGCGGCGUCUACUGGGUCUCGCCGAAUAACUUUGCAGAACAAAUGCAAGAGAACUACAAGAAGCUCGGAGUCGACUCUGGGUUGUUCUCUUUCUCUGUCGAGGAGGCGAAGAAGCAGUAUGGCGGCAUUUUCAAGGAUGCUGAUUUCACUGAUGUGAAGGAGGUCUUUGUCAAUAAGAAUAGUGGAUGGGGUGAGGCGAAGGAGGCAUUGCAGAGAACGAUCGAAGAGGCUGUGAAGCUCGGGGUGAAGUACAUUGAGGCAGAAGUUGAAAAAAUUGAGUUCGAUGACCAUGGUGCUGCAACCGGUAUCAAGACGUCAAAGGGCGAGAGUCUUACCGCCUCACGAGUUAUUCUGUCAACAGGCGCUUACACGGCUAAGUUGCUUGCUGAUAGCGCACCCGCAAGAAAAGACCUUCAAGCUGGUGACAGGUUCGUAGCAGCAGCUGUUACCGAGGGGUUUACGCCUGUCUCUGGGGAGAAUGCAAAGGACUAUUACGACGGGCCAGUUGGCAUCUCCAUGGUGCCCCCAUCGAGAGGCGCAAGCAACGGAAGUGUUCCCCAUUCCAAAGACAAGACCUUGAAAUUCUGGGGUCAGAUCAUCUUCAGAAACACUCAGACUCAUGCAAACGGAAGCCAGAUAUCUGCACCUCCCCCGGCAGUUGACUAUGCGCAGCUCGAGGUACCAGAUACUCUGAAAGAAGAUGUUGACUAUGCUGGAAAGAGCCUGUUUGGGAAAGGAAGCGAAACAUUCAAGAACGAGAACUAUCGUAUCUGCUGGGAGGCUGUCACGCCCGAUGAAGACUUUAUCAUCUCUCCACACUCUGCAAGCAAGAAUCUCUACGUCGCAACCUGCGGAUCUUUCCACGGCUGGAAGUUCCUGCCCAUCCUGGGUAAAUAUGUCGUGCAGAUGCUCGACGGAUCUCUCGAGGAGACUUUGGUAAAGAAGUGGUCAUGGGACCGAACAUUCCCAUCGCCCACUCACAGGGCCUGGCCUAGAAGAGAAUUGAGCGGUCUGAAGUAA